AUGUACCGUUGGGGCGUAUGGGAGGCCCUUCUCAGCCUGGUGCUGAUCCUUAUGACAGGAUCCGCUUGGAUGGAGGUCAGCGGGCACGAAGAACACGAUGCCCACUACUGGAAGCAUAUGGCGCACGAGCUGCUGUUCGAGAAGAAGGACUACACGAUGCAGAAGAUUAACAUCGCCAAAAACAUCAUGGUGUUUGUCGGUGCAGGCAUGUCCCAGCCAACCGUGACUGCUGCACGGUUCUACAACGGGGGUGACAAUGAAACGUUUGCCUUCGAGCGUUUGAAGUGGAGCGGAAAUGCCCGGAGUUACUGCGUGGACAGCCGUGUACCGGACAGUGCCUGCGCUGGAACGGCCUUUCUGACGGGUGUGAAAUCUAACUUUGGCACCGUGGCCAUGGAUCCGACCGUCAAUCGGGGCGAGUGUACGAUGGAUCCGGCGAAAAAACUUGCCUCCAUCGCUAAAUGGGCCCUCGAGGCGGGCAAAGCGGUUGGUUUUGCGACUACAUCCCGUGUUACGUCCGGUUCGAACGCUGCCCUGUACGCGAACAGUCCGAAUAGUGAUUGGGAAAACGAUGCGGACGUUAAAGCGGCUGGAUGUAACGCUGACACCGUUCCGGACAUUGCCCAUCAACUCAUCCACGGUGACCUUAGCAAACAGUUCAAGGUCAUACUCGGUGGAGGACGCAAACAGUUUAUACCCACCACCGAAACGGAUACUUCCGGUGCACGAGGAUUGAGAACCGAUGGCAAAAACCUAAUCACGGAAUGGAAACAAUCGAAACAGGGAGCAGUAAACACGACGUACAUCACAACCGUGGGUGAGCUGGCCAGCUUGGACACUUCAAAGAUCGACUACCUUCUCGGACUGUUCGACUACGACCACCUGCCCUUUAGCUCCGACAUUGCCAGCGACAGUGACACUCCAGCCCUCGUGCGCAUGGUUCAUUACUCGCUCGAGAUGCUUCAGAAACCGGAACACACCGAAGGGUUCCUGCUGUUCGUGGAGGACGGAAACAUCCGUCGGGCACAUGGCCAAAACAAGCCACGCAAAGCGUUCGAUCAGGUUCGACACUAUUCCAACGCGUUCAACAUGGCCAACAUGAUGGCGAGCGAAACAAACACGCUCUUUAUCUCGAUGAACGACGUCGGCAGCACGCUUAGCCUGCCCGGCUAUCCGGCCCGUUCCACCGAUCCGAUGGCUACACCGGCCGGUACCAGUACCCAGGAUACAUUGCCAUACCUCGGGCUGAACUACGCUACCGGUCCGGCUCACUCGGCGUACUACAGCGCCGGCACUGGACGGCUUGAUCCGAUGCAAGUGCUGCAGGGUGUUCCGAACCCGCUGGAGCGAACCUGCCCCGCCAUGGUACCAAUGGCCGUGGGUGCCGAUGGAGGCGAGGACGUUACCGUGUACGCCUCCGGACCGUGGGCAUUCAUGCUGUCCGGUGGUUACGAGCAGCACUUUGUGGCCCAUACGAUUGCGUUCGCUUCCUGCAUGGAUGGUGCGUGUGAUGGAGCGGCAACUCUGGUGCUUUCUUCGGCCACGAUCCUUGCAGCGCUCGGUGCACGAUUGUUUGCCUAG